AUGGUUGCUCAACGACCUUCAGCGGCUUUCGACCCCAUUCCCCCAGACCUCGAUCUUGCCUCUCUAAUUGAGGAUACUCCAAACUUUGAGUACGUAACGAGAAUAUCAUGUGAAAUGAUCGAGGCCCAAGGCUUAGAAGCCUUUGACAAAUUGGUCUUGCUGCACGUCAUCCUUGGAGGAAAGCCCCUCGUCGUCGAAGGUUUCCAACACCGCCUAGAUGAGUGGACCUUCACAACUCAAUGGCUGCAAGAUAACUGUGGAAGAAAAUUCGAACAAGCACGCAAUCUGAGCAAGCAGCAGAACAUGACCCUCUCAAUUGCUCAUUAUCUCAACAACAUGUCGAAGCUCACUGACCAAUGGAACCGACAAAAUUACAAGGAACGCGAUCGUCAGAGAAUAUAUCUGAAAGACAUUGACUGUCCUCAGAUAUGGCACGACAAGCUACAGGAACAGGUUCCGCCAAGCGUUUUCUACCUCAAUGAAAGCAUUGGUGAUUUUGGCGGGCCAGGGUCAAUAGAGGAACACAAUUCAGGCAAUAUGAAAGGGCUAGGUGUCGCCAGAGCUGGGGACCUGAUGAGCUGUCUUCCUCCGUCCAUGAGAGCAGAUAACAUGAUGUGCUAUAUCGGCCAUGAGGGCACAUACACACCUGCGCAUCGAGAGAUGUGUGCCAGCCUAGGACAAAAUCUGAUGGUGGAGACUUCAGGCCUCAAAGAUGGACAUGGCAAGCCUACGAAACCCGGUUCAUCGAUAUGGUUUAUGACGGAAACCAAUGACCGACACACCGUGUCCGAGUAUUGGUUAGCAACCUUGGGCCAUGACAUCGAGGUAGAGUCGCAUUUUGCCCAAGUAAACGCCUGGAAAGCUGCACCAUUCAAAACAUACAUCGUGGACCAAAGAGUUGGAGACUUUGUCCUCAUUCCUCCGUUAGCUCCACAUCAAGUAUGGAAUCGUGGAACGGUUACUAUGAAAGUGGCUUGGAAUCGAACAACAGUUGAGACCCUCGAAAUGGCCAUGCACGAGGCACUACCGCGAGCAAGAAUUGUCUGCCGAGAUGAGCAGUACAAGAACAAAGCCAUUGUUUAUUUUGCUUUGAUAAAAUACUCAGAUCUCCUGAAGCAGGCUGAUACGCAGAGACAAUUGGCACCAAGUCAUCACGCACGAAUGGAAAUUGACUAUAGUCCGAAGAUACGCCAGCUUCAGAAAGACUUCAAGCGCCUCUUCGCUCUAUAUACGACAAUCCUGCUCUCUGAAAUGCUGGCUCCUGUUUCUCCAUCUGAGAAACGAGGUCAGUAUCUUCCCUACGAGAGCUUCGUCACAUGCUCAUACUGUCGUUGUAACAUUUUCAACCGAUUUCUGACUUGUACCACCUGUAUCAUAACCUUGGAGAAUGGGGACGAAGAUACAUAUGACAUCUGCAUGGAAUGUUUUGCCAUGGGCCGCAGCUGCAGCUGUCUAUCGAAGUACAAAUGGGUGGAGCAAUUUCCCUGGCAAGAGCUUGUACAGAAACAUGACAAGUGGAGACACCAGAUCAUUAAAUUCGAAAAUGGUAUAAGUGAUAAGUCUCCUCAGCCUUUGGAUGUGGAGAGAAGGAACUUGGGUAAGAAGACAUUGGCUCAAGUUUGUCAAGAGCAAUUGAAGAUCCGACCUUGGAGUGAUCCCGCAAAUCCAUUACCCUCGCUGACAUCGUUCGAGAAAAGAAAUCUACAAGAAGUCGGUGUUCCCAAGAAAGCGGAUGACGAAAUUGAAGUAGACGACGAAGGGAAUAUUAAAAAGCCAAAGAAACGCAAUUUUGACAAACUUGGCAAGGAGUAUGCAAGAGAUCACGUCUCGCAACACCCAGAAUACCGAUGGAAGCUGGCGACCUGCACCAAAUGCGAUCGUCACUACGGCUAUGGCAGCCUAUUCCGUGGGUUCGACUUGAUGCCAUUGACUGUGAUGGAAGAUCCGAAUUGGGAGUGUCCACAUUGUCUCAAAAUAUGUUCUGUUGCAAAGUGUAGCACAGUUGCCGGGUUCAAACCAUACGAACCCAGUGGUACAAUGCUUGGACAUGAUACGAGGAAAGUCGCGGAUCCAAGAAGCGUCGAGAGUCUUGUUGAUUUCAGUGUUUCGAAUGGGACAUGGAUCAAGAAGACCGGAGAUGACCAUCCACAAGACAACAGACGACUAAGUCGACGAAAAGACGAGGCGGAACAAAUCAAGGCCAGAGAUCCGGCAUUGAAUGAUAACUAUGUGGACGAAGAAGAACCCACUCGAGUGAACGGUCAAAGCCAACACCUCGAUUCUGGCACCAAGUCUACGGAACCUGGUAUCCCGAUUGACCCCAUGCUUAGUAUGCAUCAGCCCAGUGUGCACAUGAAUGGAAAUUCGAUGGAGAGAGGCACAGACACAAACCGCGUCCAAUCGUCCAAUCGAGCCCAGAUCAGAGGCCGAGAUAGGUCAAGCAGUGUAUCUUCAUCGGAUGACGAAAUGGACUGGGAAAAAAAUCAACGAGAUAUGACCUCGGAAACUCGACGCCCUUACCACAUGGCGCCAAUGGCGAACAUGAUCAACCAAAACAAUCAAGGCCAGCGUUUCACAAGCAAUGGGAUUGCGUACGAGUAUCCAGAUCCGACCAUGUCUCAGUCCUCACCCUCAAAGCAACCAAGCAAUUACCUGCAACCGAACACGCCAAAACAAAAUGUGGGGAAACUAGUGGAGAGUGACGUUGUACUGCCACCACGACCUAACGAUCCCCAGCCCCCUCACCUUACUCAGCUCGAGCAAAUGCUUGAAGAUGCAAAGCUAGGUGAUCGGUACAUCCGUACUGAAGCAUCAAUCACGGGAAAGAGCCUACGAGUCAAGUUGCUAAUCCCCAAACCCAAAUUAGCCACCGUCCGUGCCACUCACCCACAAUCUAGAACAACGAACGAGAUCCAGGCCAUCAGGAAAGAAGCGCCGGUUAUAUUACAGUCAGACUUGCCCUCGAUCGCUCCCGCCGAGGUGCCUACUGCGCCACCCAAGAAGAGAAGAACACGAGAGGAGCUGGACGAGGAGUUCUCAACUCGAAAGCGGAAAGCUCCUAAAUCCUCGACAGCCUCAGCUCCGGCGAAAGAGACAAGGAAGACUUCGGUAAAGUAUACCGAGCCCUCCAGUGACUCGGAGGUUGUUCAAGAGGAAGCCAUCUCGUUCGUGCCAGUCAACAAACCUCAGGGGCCGCGGCCGUUACCCAAGUAUCUAGCCGAGCGACGCGAAGGCGAUCGAUCUCUUACAACGGACGAGCUUCCCAGUAGAAGGAAGUCUUCCCCACCUCAAGAGCCGCCAGCCCACCACCCAAGUGCACCGGAAAUCCAGCUCAAUCAUGAUCUCGAAUCUUCCCUCCCCCCGACUCAGUCCGCAACCAAAGCUCCAAGGCCACCUAAGCCAUCAAGAGUCUCAUUCGCAGAUGGAAUAGUGUCAGGGACGCAAGCUGCGGUUGAAGUACCCGAAUCGAAUACUGUUCCCGUGGGCUCUACGCAGAAACUCGCCGAAGAAAAUCGCAAGGCCAAGCUAAAAGCUCUUCAGUGGGCAAACGACGAGGACCAGGAAGAGGAGUCUUCUGAUUCAGACUCUUCUUCGACUUCAAGUGACGAGGAUUCACCACGGAAGCCGAACGGCAAAUUAUUGGCUGCACCGAAAUCCAUAUUCUCUAUGGGGAAGAAGAUCAAAAUCGUUGGGGCGGCAAAAAGUGCACCCACGAUCGUCGAAUCUUCCUUGAAAAAGAAGGGCGGCAGACCGAGAAAGUCAAUGCCUGCUGCCUUCGAGAGCACGGCUAUGAACAAGGCCCCCGCUGUUCGAGGUCGGGGCAGGCCAAGGAAGUCAGUGCCUUGA